CGCCACUCUGAACCCCCGGAGGGAUGGACCGGCAGCUUUCAGCCCCAGAAUAGCAAAGCGCAAACAGCAAAAAACAGCAUUGCAAAUCUUAAUAACUUUGUUCAGUUUAUUGAGGCUGCGGAUAAAACGGGCGAGAAGCGUAGUGCACUUUAUUUUUUCAUUAUUAUUUUCUUUCUCAGUGUCGGGCGAGCGUCCACAUCCGCAGCAGAAGCGUUAAUGGUAAUGUACGCGCGGAAACAACCGAGACUCGCUGAUGGGUGCAGUGACCGAAGGGAUUAUCAGUCUUACCAGACCUUCAAAUACCAGUCUAAGAGUCAUUCUGCAAAUGACCACCGUCAUGAAAAGGUCCACAACUCAUCAGACCAAACUCCACCAGCUAAAAUGCUGCGCCGGUCGGAUAGUCCUGACAGCAAGCAGAGUGAUGGCUCUGGGCACGGCCAUGCAAGAGCACUCCACAUACAUCGACCUAAGGAGAGCAGCACCAGCUCUUCGCCACAAGAGAACUCGCUCAAUCAUGCCCAUCACAGUGCCAACUCUCACUCCCUUCCUAGCAAAUGUUCUGAAAUGCCCCGUGAGCCAGCUGAUGACUGGUCUGAGCACAUCAGCUCUUCGGGGAAGAAGUACUAUUACAACUGCAGAACGGAGGUGUCUCAGUGGGAGAAGCCCAAGGAGUGGCUGGAGAGGGAACAGCGACAGAAGGAAGCGUCUAAGGCUGUUGUGGUCAACAAUUUUCCCAAAGAUAGAGACUACAGACAAGAGGCCAUGCAGGCCGCAACUGCCAGUGCCGUCACCGGUAUGAAGCCCACUCCGUCUGACAAGCCUUCGGUGCAUUCCGGCUUCUCCCAGGCGUCCUCCAGUGCUUCUGGUGGUUUGCAUGCCUCAGGCGCUUCCACUUCAUCCACUUCUACCACAGUGUCCCCAGCUCUCCAGUCUCACGCCUCCGCUCUACUGCAGGACCCGGCUCUUCUUAGACAGCUGCUGCCUGCAUUACAGGCUACCCUGCAGAUUAACAAUUCCAACGUGGAUAUGGCCAAAAUCAAUGAGGUCCUUACAGCUGCUGUCACCCAAGCUUCCUUACAGUCUAUGCUUCAUAAAAUUCUCACUGCUGGACCGUCUGCUUUCAACAUCACUACUCUGCUUUCCCAAGCUGCUCAGUUGUCCACUCAAGCUCAACAGUCUGGACAGUCGCCUAUGUCAGUAACACCAGAUGCUUCAUCGCCAAGGUCCUACGUGUCGCCCAGAGUCAGCACGCCUCAGACCAACACAGUCACCCAGAAGCCCCUGCACAGUGCUGGAUCAAUGCCUGCUCAACCUAAAGUUAGCGAGUCGGUGAUGAAAUCAGGGUCAGCUCUCCAGCACUCGUCUGGCAACACGGACAAAGUGGCUGAACUCGAGGACCCACGGCUUCAAAGGCAAAAUAGCCAAGGACCUCCAACUUCAGGGCCAAACGGCUGCCUGGUGACCAAUGUUAGCAGCGCCUCUGCAUGCCCUCCAACCACCUUCACUCCUUCUCUGGCACUGCACUUCAAUGAGAAUCUCAUCAGACAUGUCCAAAGCUGGCCUACGGAUCACAUAGAGAAGCAGGCUUCAAGAUUACGCGAGGAGUUCCAUAACAUGGGUAGCAUCAACAUGUCGGAGAUCUGCACAGAGCUGAAGAAACUUCGCUCCUUAGUGCGAGUGUGUGAGAUACAGGCUACGCUGAGAGAGCAAAGGGUACUCUUCCUGAGACAACAGAUCAAGGAACUAGAGAAACUAAAGAAUCAGAAUUCCUUCAUGGUCUGAGAAGCUGGGACGUCAGUGCUUUCCCGUCAGAAGGAACCCAGCAGCUGGCUGCCUUUUCUCUGCUCUUGGUCUGAAUACUCGUGAGAUGCUGUGGCCCUAUAGGCUGGACUGUCCCCCCGCCCUUUAACAGGACUGGGAUUUCUCCCAGGCAGGGGAACCAAAAAAAAAAAAAGCUUAACAAGGGUCAUGCUGUCUCUGCUACCUAAAGCCCUGAGAUCGUAGUUUCAUUCGAAUAUCCUUGAUGUACAUACACUUCUCUAUCAUGAAAGCAGUUACCAUUCAUUUCUCAUAAACACCAUCAACACUGACAGAUUAAUAGGGCACACGGUAGAGUUUCUGGCUAAAGAGAAGAGUCUAACAGAAAGGUUUGUAUGUUUGGACCCAGUAUCCAUUUAAGCUAAAUGAAAUGACUGAAGGAAAAGGGCAAAUGAACUGUCAGUCAGGGUUUGGCCCGAGAGGCCUGAGCAACGUGUUGAUUCACUAGAAGGUUCUGUCACUUUGGCUUCACUCACAAGCUAGAAUCAUUUAGGAUUUUCCAACAAUCUGACUGUUUCGCAAAGGAAUCCUGAGUGUGCGUUCAUAGUGGAGAAGUAGACUGGCUGUCUCUCUCCUAAAUAAACAAAGCUGUUUAUUGGAUCAGAAAGGAUCCUGGCUGUCUGCUUUCUGACCCUGCUAAAAGACUUUCCUAUGACCACUCUCUGUUACUCGUCAUGAUGUGAGCAGUCUAAUUGAAUUGCCUCAUUUUCUCACCAUUUUUUUUUUCUUAGUUACUUGUUCAGUUGGCCAUCUGAACGCAGACAUUUUCAUUCCUUUCAUGUGGUUGCUUACGUAAUGACUGGUUCUAGAGUACCAAACAUCUGUAUACAAACACCACCCUUUGAGUACAGGGCGAAAAUACCCUGAGAGCCGCCACCACCACCACUCAGCUGGUUGCUAAACGUUUCAAGAUUCUUUCACCAUUUGCACUAACUGCCUUGAUUAUUAACUGUUUUUGUUCAUCUGUCUUAUUGUUCUGCAUACAACUUAGAGGUUGUAAGUGCUUGGUGAGGUUAUGUUAAACCUCGCUGUGCCUCCACUGAGGGGUUUGGCAUCAGAAAGCCUGCCAAACAGUACUCUAGCUGGAGUGCCGUCUGAGCAGAAAGGACUUGGAACAGUGUCUAGCUUUGUAUAUUUCUUAAAGGAUAUAUGAAUUAAAAAAUAUCUACUAA